UCUUGCUUUCCGCAACGCCGGAGCAGGGCCGCAAAACACUGGAUACCUUCCGCCCUAGUGGCUAUAAAUCCCCUUCAGCCGUCUUGGAUCUGUGCUGACCAUGUCCGCAUCAGACGGCAAUCAUCUUGGCCCCCAGAAUUUUUCACAAUUUCACAAAAUGUCUCAAUGUCCGACUCAGCCAGCGCGUCGGCUGGCAGAGUACUUGCCAUAUCAAAGACAACGGGCCCAGGAACAAGCGUCCGCCGUAGGUAGUUUCGAGCAGGCCGACAUCUCGUUGGACGCCCGAAGAACCGACCAUCGAUGUCUCACCAACGGCUCGCCAAAUACGGAUACUCGGUUCACCCUUUCGGACAUGCAACAGCUCAUGCUGCCGUCUGAAACAUUUGAAAUCGCUGGUGUAUCGGCACAAUGCGAUGGAGAUCCAACAACAGGGCACUCAAGCUACCUGGCGGACCUCAAGGCACCUGAAGCACAACCACGUUUUUUGCCCAUCAAUGAUUUCACGGGUCGAUUGAGCGCAGUCGGUGACCGACUAGAACGAGUCAUAGAAGUAGCAAUACAAGAAACGAGCCGCGGUAUAGAGCGAAUUGCACGUCUCGAGGCUCAAGCGGAAAGGAUCACGGAUUCCAUCGACGCUUUGCUAUGCGGGACUCUGCCGGGCGGAGAAAGUGUUGGGCAUGGGAACAGAUGAGUACGUACAGGAGCGCUCGGAAGGAUGACAAAGUAGUUCAUCUCCUUUCCGUCACUCUUUUUAGCAUGAUUGCUGAAUUUAUGUUUCUGAUGGCUAUCUCUGUGGCAGAUGUCAAUGGCGGUCGCCAGUCCUACUGUACGUGGCAUGCGCGCUCAGCAGGUAGCACUUGACACAACGUAGUCCUAGCCAGCAGCCCACAAAAUGCAAGGCGUAUCCUGCGUGCUUAUGCGUCG